CGCUGUCUCAGGACUGUCUCCGCCCCCUGCUCCCCGCUGGACGUGGAAGAUGGCGGCUUCUCAGGCCCAGGAUUUGGCACAGUUGGAGAUAAUUUGUAAGCAGCUUUAUGAGGCCACAGAUCCAGUCCAACGAUUACAAGCAGAGAAAGCCUUGGUUGACCUUACUGAGAGCCCUGAAUGUCUCAGCAAAUGCCAGCUCCUGCUGGAGCAAGGAACAACUUCAUAUGCUCAACUGCUGGCAGCAACAUGCCUUACGAAGCUCGUGACUCGGGUGAAUCCAUUGUCACUGCAGCAAAGAAUUGACAUCAGUGAGUAG